AUGAGCAAGACCGAAAGUCACAUCUGCUCGCCUCUAUUCCCCCACCACCUCCUCCUCCUCCUCCUCCUCCUCGCUCCCCUCCCCCCCACCUCCUUACACGACCAACGGACAGAACAAGCCGUGCGGCCUCGAAUGCGCUGCGCAGGCACAGACGGCGCCUGCACACUUUGUGCCAGCCGGUGUCCGGCAGCCUCAUCCCUUCGCACACACACCAUCACCCGUAGCCACACAAACGGCCUCUUGCUAAUCCGGCCAGGCGGGAUCAACCGAAAAGACAGCGUCCGAGUUGAACGGAAUUGUGGCGUAAUUGUGAUUUCCGACCCCACACGACAGUCUCUCCUCUCCUCUCCUCUCCUCUCCUCUCUCCUCUCGUCUCAUCCGGUCGGGUUGGCCGGGCGUCCUGGUUGGCCGAACAAGACAUUCUCGCGACGCAGCCUCCAGACGGGACCGGGUCUGACGACGGACAGACGGACAACGUCGUCAAACACACACACGCACACACAUACAAACGGCCAACGAGUCGGCGAGUGGGCGGGGGGCACGGGGACGUGGAAGAAGGCGUAA